AGUGAGUACUCACAUGUCCAGUGUUUGACCCAGCUGCCUUCUAUCUCCGUUGCUCCCCCUCUCGCUUUUACAUGAACACACAGCAGCAAAACUAUACCCUGAUCAAGGAUUUUCCCACACGCCACCAUGGUGAAGUGUCUGAUCCGGAUCAAGACGAAAGUCAAUGUUCACCUGCGGAUGAUUAAUCACUGUUACCGGGAUGUGAAGGUGCGGGUGCUGACGUUGGGCCCCAGACUUCUGGGUAAUGUUUUGGGUGCUCUGCCCAUUAUACCCUCUCUACCAGAGUCCAGUAGCUCCUCAGGGAUCAGCCUCUCUCCAUUUGGGCAAAGCCUCAGAGCCGCAGAUGCAUCACAUGUAAGCAGUCACUUCACGCCUGAGCACUCCAUCUCUAGAAGCACUUCAUUACUGAGCACACACUACAGUGGUCCAGAGGGUAGAAAUGGGGAAGCAAGAUUUACAGAAGAAUCCCACAAGCCCUCCAGUGAUGUGUUACCCACGCCAGAAUUCAACAGCACACAUGACCAGGAGGUGAGGGAUCCAGAUUUAGUCCCUGAGAAAGAAGGUUCAUUUACCUACAGUGGAAGCCAUAAGCCUAGAGGGGGAGUUUUUCACCUGGGAAAACUCAAACCACACACUGGUGGCAUGGAAACACAGCAGGCUGGGGAGAUGAUGGGCAUGUUGGCAUGGAUGAUUUUAGUGAUGCUUGCUCUGCUCUUGGCCCUCCUUCUGCUUCUCAUCGCUCUAACAGAAUCACAACUUGACGUACCUUUUCUGAGAGACAUCCGCGAGACACCUGAAUUCCAGCAGCUCCACUAUGCCUACUUUUGUCCACUGAGACGCUGGCUGACCUGUACAUUGCGGUGGAUGGGGGUCCAACUCAUUAAGGAAUGAUGGGAUAUAAUGAUCCUCUCUCCACAUCUUGAUAUCUUUUAUCUGUUUUUUUUUUCUUUUUGCUGCUGAGAUACAACUGUGCACUGUGCUUUGUUUGUUAUAUCUAAAAUUUUCCAUCAUCAUCAAUUCUCUGACUUGUGACAAAACAACCAAUGGAACAAAAAAAGUUCCUUUUUAUUUUAAAAAAGGACAAUAGACAGGAAACAGACUGUUCUCGAUGCAGGUGGUUAUGUGGUAUAGGCAACGCAAAUGUAAAUAAGGGUUCAAAUUUGAAUAAAAUGAUUAUUAAGGGGCACAAUGAAGCAAGCAGCUCUAAAACCCAGUCAAAUCAGCACCUCUCCUUCUAUUCAACAGCUCUGCAGUCAGAUGCUGUAACACUAAAUUAUAUGAUACUUAUACUAUAUGUUUAUCUAUAUGGUUACAAAGCGUUAGUAUACAUUACAGAGUAAUGAACUUUUACAAACUUGGAACUUUUUAAUUAAUACAUUAUAAAAAACAAAAUUGUCUUGUGUUACAACAAAAAGAGCAAAACACCAGCAUUAAUACUAGCAUGGAAAUAGAGGCAAAAAGAAGGAUAUGAAUGUUUAUGUGUAAAGUCUGACAGGCAGUGUUACUAUGAUUAUUAGCUGGUUCUUGGGCAGACCCUUCUGGUAAUCCAGCGGCAGGAUCCUGUGUUCUCAUUGCCAUGGCCCAGGUUUGUUUGGUGAGUUUGAGUUAUACCUAUACAGUUUGAGUUUGAUGACACAGGAUGUUAAGGUGACAAGGCAUCUUAUUAGGCAAGUGGAUAGGUCAGACACAGCCAGUGUGUUGUUGUCAUGAAGGGGAUAAAGGAUCUUAGUGCAUCUGAGAUUUGAAGUGAUCUGUACUAUAAAUAGGUGCUAUAAAUAUUUUAUCCUAUUAUAUGCUGUAAUGACACAAAAAAUGUGAGUAGAAUAUACAGUAAAUAAAUGCUAACUGCCCUUGAAUCUGCUUCAGUCUCCUAUUCCUGACAGCAGGAGCAAGUAAAAGUCAUAUAUUGAACCUACAUGUGUAUUUAUGUACUAAAGACAAUUCCAUCUUUCACUGAAAGUGAGUUGUCAAAGUUUGAUUAAAGUGUGUUGAUCCUUAAAUGUGGACACUAUAGCGAGUAAUACGUAGCUAUGAAAGAAGUCCUCUAUAAUAUUUUUAUAUCUUAAUAAUCCAUCUUAAUAAUAAACAAACAAAAAAAAACAUGUUGUUUAACAUUAUGGUGAAGUGUAUACACAACAAAUUGGCCAUACCUACUGUGCAAACAUGACUUGUGCUGUCACCACAUACAGAACUAGACUUUUUUUCUGUCAUUUUGGCUUACAGGAGGGUUACAGGAAAAUAAACCUGGUGAACCACAUUGCGCUGGAAGUGCUCAUAUAACUGUGACAUG